AUGGUUGACAUAGGCACAAAGAAUCCCAACAACACUUCUUUACAUAAAGAAUAUUGUUCUUCCAUUUCUCGACUGUCUGAACUAGCUGAAACCUUUAUUUUUGAAGAUGGCUCAAGAGAGAAUAGUAAAAAUAAGAGCAUGAAAUUCCUUUUACAAGAAUGUGUCGACACUUUAUCGAAUUAUAAAGACGAAUGCAAAAAGCUGAAAAGGUUACAGACUGACUCAUCUAUUGAUAUUAACGAUAAAUCAAGGAUAUUCGAGAUUUAUGAAUCUGCAUACAUUUAUUACAAAAUCGUUCAUAUUAUUAUCUUAAAUAGAAUACCUACUUUGAGUGAAUUUCAAACAAUCAAGAAUGAUAAGAGCAAUAGAAAGAACCAAGAAUUGAUGGAAAUAUAUAACACUUUGGUAAGUGCUUUAGCUAAGGAUGAAAAUAUUGCACAAAUUAAAAAUUUCAUAAAGCAUCAUGCAUCAAAUGAGGAACUGAAAAAUAGUGACUAUAAUAAAUACAGGAAUGAUAUCAUAAAAAACUUGCAUCUUCCUUCAAAUGGGUCUUUCAUUUCUACAAUACAAUUAAAUGAAUUAAUGAGAAAUUUUAAUGAUAGUUUGCUAAUUAUUGAUAUCAGAUCAAGAUCGGAGUUCAUUAAGAGUCACAUAAAAUCUAAGAACAUCAUUUGCAUAGAGCCUAUCUCUUUUAAAGAUUCGUACUCUGAUUACGAAUUAGAAAGAAAAUCAAUAAUAACAUCACCAAAUAAUGAAAUAAGACUUUUUAAUAAUAGACAAUCUUUUAAAUUUAUCGUCCUUUACACUGAAAUAUUGGAUACUAAGAAUAAAAAUAAUUCUCAUUUUUAUAACGAAAGGCAAAUUUUACUUUUAAACAUUCUUCUGAAAAGAUCCUUCGAAAAGCCUCUUAAUGAAUGUACCGGAAUAUUUGUCUUAAACAAUGGUUUCUCAAACUGGGUUGCAAAGGGUGGAGAGUUAGAAUCUUUUGAAGCAAAAUCCAAUGGGCUUCCCAGUACGGAUGAUAGUGUAUAUAUUAAUGGAAACACAUCAAGAUUGAGUUUGCAGAAUCUUCCAAAAAUGUCACCAAGUAUCGGUACCACUUCAAUGGACAAAUCAUUCCAUGCUAUGAUGUCAUCCUCGCCAAGCGUGACCAAUGACAGUUACAUUCAACAACCUACUGUAAAAAGAACUUCAAGCUUCAAGAAUUUUUUCCCGCCUCUAGCACAAUUGAAAAGUCCGAAUAAUGUCGCCACAAAUAGCGUUCCUCAGUUAACAAUACGAUCAAAAUUAAACUCACCGAUGUAUUCAAACUCAAUCUCUACACUAUCUCUUGCGACCCCAGGUCCUUCAUCAACUGAUUUCAAGACAGCAACAAACCAUACUUUAUAUCCAGAUACUCCUCAAUUAAAGCCGUCACAUGAUACGAACCAUGCCAUAUCACCGUCACAUAGUUAUGAUAAAAAUUCACCAGAUCAUGUUGGCAUACUCACUAAGAAUAUAACACCCAUAAGCGCUCGUUGUGUUUCCCCAUCUCUUCGGUCAAGAUCACCGUCAACUAAUCUGAAAAACAAUCGAAACACUGCAUUCAACAGCGUUCCAUCAUUUCCCACUGUUCUAUCGUCAGGAGCAACCACUUCAUUAAUUAAUGGCAAGGAUAGCAUACCUAAACCGCCUACACAAUCACUGCCACGUUUACCGGCACUACCAACUAAGCCUGUCAUAUCGUCGAACUUAGCAAGCCCUCCUCACUCAAAAUCAAACAACGGCAGAAGCGCACAAGUUUACACUGAUGCACUUAAGUUAGAUUUUAUUGUUGGUCUAGAAAAUAUGGGUAAUUCGUGCUACAUGAACUGCAUAAUCCAAUGCAUUUUGGGGACUCAUGAUUUAAUUAAGAUUUUUUUGAACAAUUCAUAUGAGAAGCAUAUAAAUCUGAGUAGUAGACUGGGAUCAAAGGGGGUGCUGGCUAAAAAUUUCGCAAGAUUAAUUCACACCAUGUACAUGCAUGCUGUUCCUUCCACAAUUAACAAGCAUACCGAGAAAAAAAUUGUCCCUGUAAAACCAUAUCAGUUUAAGUUGGCUUGCGGUUCGAUAAACUCAUUAUUCAGAGAUUCCCAACAACAAGACUCGCAGGAAUUCUGUCAGUUUUUGUUAGAUGGAUUACAUGAAGAUUUAAAUCAGUGUGGCGGUAACCCCCCUUUAAAGGAGCUAUCACUCGAAGCUGAAAGGCUGAGAGAAAAUCUUUCUUUACGUAUUGCGUCCUCAAUUGAAUGGGAAAGAUACCUCACUACAGACUUUAGUGUUAUUGUUGAUUUGUUUCAGGGCCAGUAUGCAUCAAGAUUAGAAUGUAAAGUAUGUCAUCAUACCUCUACAACAUACCAAUCAUUCUCUGUUCUUUCUGUUCCAUUACCCAAAAAAUUCGAUCCGCAAACAAGGAAAAUAGACUUGAUUGACUGUUUCAAUGAGUUCACCAAAAUCGAAAAUCUAGAAGUGGAUGAACAGUGGUCGUGCCCGACUUGUAAGAAAAAGCAACCUUCUACAAAGAAAUUAACUAUAACAAGAUUACCAAGAAAUUUGAUCAUCCAUUUGAAAAGAUUUGAUAAUAUGUUGAACAAAAACAACUCAUUCAUUGACUAUCCAUUCAAUUUGGAUUUAACAGAGUUUUGGGCUGAUGAUUUCGAUGGUAAUUUACCGCCUGGUGUGAGCAAUGAACUUCCCGCAAGAGGCCAAAUUAAACCUUUUAAUUAUAGAUUAUAUGGUGUUGCCUGUCAUUUCGGUAGUCUUUAUGGAGGUCAUUAUACAGCUUAUGUUGAUAAGGGUAUAGGAAAUGGGUGGUACUAUUUCGAUGAUACGACUUAUAGACCACUCAAAAAUGACAAGGAACCGAUUUCAUCCAGCGCUUAUGUCCUUUUCUAUACUCGUGUAUAUGGAGUGAGGUAA